GUUAUUUCAAUUUGUCAAUUGACCGAAAAGAGAAUGUCAGAAUUGAUUGUUCUUCCGUAAUAUUUGAAAGUUUUCAUGAAUUAAACAUCAUUUGUUGUGUUUGAAUAAAAAAACAACUAUUAUUUAUAAAUAAAAAUGAAAUUUAGUCUUAAUAAUGGAUAACGUUGAAAGCAAAGAAUCUGAUGAAAGCGAAACAAACAUUGCAAAGAACAAGUCAAAAUUUCGCGGAAAAAAACGAAAGAGACUCGAUAGUGAUACGAGCACUGACGGUGAUGAUGUAUUACCAGAAAACACUCUUGAAUUUGAGAGCAAUGUCCACGCUUCAGCAAUUAAAAAUAAUUUAGAUGAUGAGAGUGUAAGGAAAAUUUUAAAGAAAGUAGUGACUAAUGACCAUGUACUGGCCCUUGUUAAGCUGCGAGAAGAAGAAGAAGAUUCGGGGACGGAAGAAAGUCUCCGACCCAAGAUUACUAGAUCGAAAGCUAAGGAAUUGAUGAAGGUGUCCCGAAGUAAAGCGCCAUGGAACUUGGAAUUGACACCAAUCAAUCAUAUACCGGUGAAAACGAGACCGGAAGUGAAGGCAUUGAUAGCACAGGAACUCCCCGAAGAUGAAGACGAUGAGGAAUAUGAGCCCACCCCAGAUGACGUCAUGAGCGAUGACGAUCAUAUAUCUUUCAGUGACUUGGACUCACAGCCGCGAACACCGGCGACGCCUCUAAGUCAAACCAAAGCUAGUCCUAAAAUAGUUCAAGAUGGACCAUUUAAAGUACCUCAGGAUUUAUCCAAAGAUGUUUGCAGGAAGCUUGAUUUGAAUCAAGAAGAGGAGGCGACCAUAGCUCUAAGGACUCGGUCGAAACUGAGUCUAUCAUCAACAUCAAUAGAACACAUAGAGAGCUCUUUCAUUCCCCCGGACUACCUCCCCGUGCCGGAUGUAGACGAUCUGUGGAACGAGUUCUUGACGGAAUGUCUGAACCCAGCUCCGAAUGCGAGGAACGAGGACGACGAUGAAACUGAUCCGGAAUAUAGUGUCGCUGCUGACCCUGACGCAAAUGAGGAAGACGAAGAAGCUUUGGAAAAUAGCAUAAUAAAAAUAUCUAAGAAAGAACUUAACGAUUUGGUGACUGAAUUAUUUCAUGUAAUGCCGCCGGAAAUUGAUGUGCAACUUGACAAUAUACAGGGUGUUUUAGGUGAAGGGAAUGGUGCUGAGGUAACAACCGUUUGGGAAGGAAAACAAGAGCAACUUUCAGAUGAAGAAUCAAAAGUACAGAGCGUUGCGGCAAAGAUAACGUGCGAGAGGCGAGAUAGCAAGACGAGGUUCUCUAUAGGCAAGACAGAGCCAGACGACAUCGAUGACCACGACCGAACACUCGUGAUAGACACAAGUAUACAUGUAAAAGAAGUUCCUGAGACUUUGGUCAAUGAAAAUCUGUCAGCUACACCCGUGACUGAAGCUCUGUCCGUGCCUGAGGUGAGCGCAGGCGCUCCCGAGCCGUCCGUGAGCGUUCAGCAGCGCGCCUCGCCGCCCCCCGCGCCGCCCGCACCCCGCGCGGCCCCCGCGCCGUCGGCCCCACUCGCCGCCCCCUCUCCGGCCGCUGCCCCCGCGCGCCCCGCUCCCCCCGCGCCGCUGCGCGCGUUGCUGCACGCGCCCGCGCUCACACUCACCAUACAAGUGGACGACGCCUGCAAGAUGUACCCACAGCAGUUGCAGCUGUUGCAGCAGCAGCUUCGCCAGCAUAUACAGCUGGCCGCUUCGAACUUCCUACAGUUGUUUGUCCAUCCUAUGCAUUGGUCGUAUGCGCCUAAGUACAAGGAAUACCUGGUGACACUCAACGAAAUGACCUUAACAAAUCCGAAAUCUGUAGUCGAUGUUUGCAAUCUGAAACCGGCGAUAGAUCUCGUGGAGAGUUGGGAAUGCUCUUUAUCUGAUAACACGCCGGACACUGUCGCAAUGGUUGAGUUUAUCCAAAAAGAAAUGGAAAAGUGUCGCCGCCGCACCACUCAGAACAGCGUCUAUGUCGCGGAAUUCCCGGAGUUAUUUAAGAAGGUAGUGGCUAACAGUUCGGUGUUUUUAUACCCCUAUUUGUUGCCACCGGUGCCAUACAGAGCUGACUUUAAACAUAAGAGGUUCAAUUAUCUACGUUCUGAAGACGAACUAAUAGUGCUCGGGCUGGAGCAGUUCUGGCAAUACGUGGAGGCCAACCCGCAGCUGUUCAAGCGGCCGGCGCGCCCGCACCCGCGGCGGCGCUGGGGCCUCACCACGGCCGCGCGCCUCGUGUGUCGCCACACGCUGCCCGCGCUCACGCUGCGCGCGCUGCUCGCGCACCUCAAGACGGCGCAGCGGGCCGGCGCGCGCGACAGCCCCAUCGUCAACUAUUUCAAAAACCAUACCAUCGAACCUGUGAAACACAAACUGCUACCGUAUAAUCCGAAUAUAACGCUGUAUGAACAACCGGAAUUCGAAAUGCCCCGCCUGUGGAUCAGAUAUCUGGCAAAAAGCAGUAAGAGGUUUAAAGAUCAUCUCCACCGACGCACGACUCAACCGCCAGCCGGCGUUGAAAUAGAAAUGGGGAAAAAUAUCGAAUCUCCGCAAAGAAAUCCUCUACCUAUUGAUUUUACGAAACCGAUAUACUGCGAUAGAAUCAACAUGCUCCCGCCGAAGUCAAAACCGGCACUGGUUGACAAAAUUGAUGUGCACAUACAGAAACCGAAUGAAAACGUCACGAAAAAUACAACGAUUCUUGUUGCAUCAAAUCUUUAUACAAUCGUCAAUACGAGUACAGGAACUCAAUUAGUUCCUCUACAAGUAACGAAUACAGUUGACAGUGCGUCCACGCCGAUAUGUUCGCCCGCUGUCAUAGACACGAACGCAAGUAAAGACGAUAUCGACGCAGAAUUGGAAAAUAAAGAGAAAACCAGUAAUAGUAUUAAUAAUAUGGAAGUAACGAAUUCAAAUUUGGAAGCCAGUGCGGGGACUAAAUCGAAUGAAACCGAAGCUACUGGCCAUUGCAUAUGUUGUAUUUUAUUUAAAAAAAUACGUAGAAAACGACAGUCGUUCAUUACUGAUUAUUUUUAUAGUAACAAGAAAAGACAAGAUGAUCUAUGUGGUUGUAGGCAGAAGAAAUAUCCAAAGAUUACAAAUAAGUUGAGAUUAUUAGUAAAUAAUUACAAAACACUUUCGAAAACUGUAUACAAUGAAAUUGUAACGAAAAUGGAGAAAUGCAAAAUGGCCGAAGCGUGCUCGAAGGAUUCGAGUACUAAUGAUUUAGUUGCGGCCCUUUUGUUCCAAAUUAAACUAGUUGAGAGGACGAAUAUGGCACGAAAUAACAUUAUGAAGAAAACUUUACACACAGCGUUUGCGAGGUUCGAUGUUGAAAAUGAUGAUCCAAUAAAAUUAUCAGAACGAUUGUUCGAAAUAUUUGACGUAGAGUUGGCUGAUAUGUAUAAGGAAUUCCUCGGGUUCCUCACAGCGGAACAGGCGGAUAAAAUCGAUCAAUUCAAAGAUUAUUUCGUGCGAAACUGUAUUCAAGAAUUGAUUGUUAAAAUAGAGGAACUAGUAUUGGAUAACGAAAAACGACGGUUAAUAUUGGAGAAUUUAAAAGAGAUAAUCUUAGACAACACGUCACAGCCGUGUGAGCUUUGUUGUAAACUCCUUAACUGUACUCGAGAUUAUCCCACGCUAGCGCAAUAUAUUUACUCGUUAUUCCCUCAUCGGUGGAAAGAAAAAUUAGACACUAGAAGUGAUACAGAAAUAAAUGAAAGAGAAGAAGAUCAUGAAGGUAUGCUUACAAUAUGUGAAGAAACAAACGCUGCAGCGGAUUAUGAAGCUGAUAACUCAUCGAGCGAUGAAGAAGUCUCUCAUUUAAGAGAAAUAUCCAGCAGUGAACCCCAGCUGGUACAUAUUCGGAAGCCGGAUAAAAUUGUUACUACAAUUAAAUAUGAAAAACCCGAAGCUUCCGAAAUGUCAGUAGAUGAAAUGGAACAUAGAAAGAGCGAAUCUUCCGAUAAUAUGUCGAUGCUCAUAAUGUCUGAGGAUGAGUGUAUCAAAACAGAAAUUCCAGAAUGGAAAAGAGACGAAGAUAAACUUAUCCUAGAAGUACUCAAACAAUGUAUUAGUCCUAAUGAAAUUAAAGACAAAACAAUAAUUGAAAUAAUUGAAGAUAAAAAUGUUGUAAAUAUGAUAUCAGACAGCCUCUGCCAUAAAUCUUAUGAAGAUGUGAAAGGGAGAAUAUUGUAUUUGUUAGAAAUUCUUGUGAAUGAUAAGGAUAAAUAA